GCGAAGUUCGGAAGCUACACACUCAUGCGCCUGGGAAGCAAUACCAUUGUGGACUUCCAGCUUGUUCAGAGCAAUGAAGUUGGUGGUAGUUAUCACAUGGAAAAGGAGGGACUGAAAAGAUGCCUAGAUCAUCUGGAGUCAAACAAUUUGGCGGUUGAGUACAUUGUGACUGACCGUCAUCCACAGAUCCAGAAGUUUCUGAGGGAAUGCAACAUAGAACAAUUCUAUGAUGUGUGGCACUUUGAAAAAGGUUUGUCCAAGAAACUUGUGAAACUUUCACAGAACAAGGACUGCAAGUUGUUGAAGAGGUGGCUGCACAGCAUAAAAAACCAUGUAUACUGGAGUGCGACGAGCACAACCUCGGGGCCGGAGAAGGUGGCAAGGUGGACGUCAGUCGUCAACCACCUACAAAACAUUCACGUGCACGACGACCCCCUAUUCCCCAAGUGUGAACAUCCCGAAAGAGCCACAACAGAUGCAAAUAAAUGGCUAAAACCUGAUUCAAUAACACUCCACAAAGUUGAGAAAAUACUCAACAACACGAGAGUUCUCAAAGAUGUGCAAAAGCUAAGCCAUCACUACCAGACCUCAUCGCUGGAGUCCUUCCACAGCUUGAUUCUGCGUUUUGCCCCCAAAAAUGUGGUUUUCCCCUUCAUGGGAAUGUUGUGCAGGUUGUGUCUAGCAGCCAUGCAUCACAAUGAGAAUGCUGACCGUGAGCAAGCCACAACAGCUGCAGGACUACCGGUGUACAAAUUGGCCUAUCCAAAAGCAAGGAGGGGAGAAUGUACCGCAAAGCCUGUAAAGAAGGACCCUACAUACAUGUACGUGGGUGAGCUGAUGAGGCUGGUGUUUGAGGAAGUCUUUGAGGAUCCAACACCCUUUGUGGAGGAGAUGAAUAAAAUCCCCAUCCCAAAGGACCUGUCCACUCAAUUUGACAGGCCCUCAAAGGAGGAAGUGGUAGCCCGCCAUGUCUCACGUUUUAGUCAAGGGGUGGUCGGAAGCCAACAUACUGUCCUGCCAGAUCAGGAAACUCCCGGCGUAUCCGGCGGACAACACAUGACGGGAUGACCACUCUGAUGCCUCGUCCUAAGA